UUCUCCGCGACUGCGAAUCGCUCUUCAUUGAGUGAAAGUCGCAACCUUCAUUGAUGAUCAUGCUUAGUUACUCUCUCUAGAACUAGACAACAAGUAGAGCAAGAGAAGUCAAUCAUGCCGUUGUCUUCAGUCCCAGCUCGUCUUACGCUUCUCGCACUUUUCUCUGCCACUACUUUCUAUUGUUUAUACAAAUCUCGCCGCCUCAGACUCUUUAAAUUUCCCCUAUAUCAUAGACCCACUCUUCCCAAUUCCAGAGGGAAGAUUCUCUUCGUUUCUCAAACAGGUACUUCUAAAUCCCUUGCUCAGCGUCUUCACCAGCUGUUGGCGGCCAACGAUCUCGCGUUCGACCUCGUCGACCCCAAGGACUACGAGCCUGAAGACCUUCCUAAAGAAACUCUAGUCAUCAUCGUAGCUUCGACCUGGGAAGAUGGAAAACCACCUCCCAGUGCCAAAUUCUUUGCAACUUGGCUUGCUGAAAGUGCCAAGGAUUUUAGGGUGGGCUCUUUGUUGCUUUCAAGGUGCAAAUUUUCUAUAUUCGGCGUUGGGAGCCGAGCUUAUGGAGCCACUUUCAAUGCGGUUGCAUGGGAUUUGGCAAAGCAGAUGAGGGCGUUGGGGGCGACGGAGAUGCUUCCAUUGUGUGAAGGAGAUGUCGACAUAGGCGAUAUAGAUGGGGUUUUUGAUCUUUGGUGUGCUAAGGUGGUUAGGAUUUUGAAGGGUGCUGGUUUAGAAAACGGCAGGGUUUUUGAGUCCAGUGUCGUUGGGGAAUCCAAUGCUCAACGCCUUGAGGAUUCCGACGAAGAGAACGAUGCGGAGUCGGAGAUUGUUGAUCUAGAGGACAUUGCGGGGAAAGCUCCUUCGAGGAAGUCAGUGCCAGUGGUUGAAGCUUAUGGGAAUUUGGACGGCAAAAGAGAAAUGGUGACUCCAGUCAUCAGAGCAAACUUGGAAAAGCAGGGAUACAAAAUUAUUGGUUCACACAGUGGUGUUAAAAUUUGUAGAUGGACAAAGUCACAACUUCGAGGCCGAGGUGGUUGCUACAAGCAUUCAUUUUAUGGCAUAGAGAGUCAUAGGUGCAUGGAGGCAACCCCUAGUUUGGCAUGUGCAAAUAAAUGUGUUUUCUGCUGGAGACAUCACACAAAUCCAGUAGGGAAAAGUUGGCAGUGGAAGAUGGAUGAUCCAAUAGAAAUUGUAAAUUCUGCGAUAGAUCUACAUACAAAUAUGAUUAAGCAAAUGAAAGGAGUCCCAGGAGUCACCUUGGAGCGGUUAUCUGAAGGCCUCUCUCCUUGCCAUUGUGCAUUGUCACUUGUUGGAGAACCUAUCAUGUAUCCAGAGAUAAACUCGCUAGUAGAUGAGCUACAUAGUCGGCGGAUUUCUACAUUUCUAGUGACAAAUGCACAGUUUCCAGAGAAGAUUAAGUUAUUGAAGCCUGUCACCCAGUUGUAUGUGAGUGUAGAUGCUGCUACAAAGGAUGCUUUGAAGGCAAUAGAUAGACCACUUUUUGGAGAUUUCUGGGAGCGAUUCAUUGAUUCAUUGACUGCUUUAAACGAGAAAGAGCAGCGAACUGUUUAUCGUUUGACCCUGGUGAAAGGUUGGAACACGGAUGAUGUGGAUGCUUAUUCUAAGCUCUUUGGUAUGGGAAAACCUGACUUUGUAGAAAUCAAGGGAGUAACGUAUUGUGGCUCGUCCGCUACAUCAAAAUUGACCAUGGAAAAUGUACCCUGGCACGCUGAUGUAAAAGCUUUCUCAGAGGCAUUGGCUUUGAAAAGCCAAGGGGAGUAUGAAGUUGCGUGUGAGCAUGCUCACUCAUGUUGUGUCCUCUUGGCGAAAACUGAGAAAUUCAAGGUUGAUGGCCAAUGGUACACAUGGAUAGACUAUGAGAAAUUUCAUGACCUGGUGGCUUCUGGGAGAAGUUUUGACAGCAGAGAUUACAUGGCUGCCACGCCAUCCUGGGCUGUCUAUGGAGCAGAGGAAGUUGGAUUUGACCCUGGACAAUUGAGAUAUAGGAAAGAGCGACAUCAUAAAUCAAGCCAAUGAUCAAUCAGGUCAGAAAUACAAGAAACAUGGGCCUGCAACCUCUGUUUCCUACCUUUGUUUCUUUCUCUGUUUUCUCCCUGAGGUUCAUUAUCAACCUUAGUAGGUUAUACUAGAGGACAUUGUCUCAAUCCAUGGCUUUACACUUAGGAUCAACUAUUGCAAUGUAAUUUAACCCCUCCAGCCUUUCUGGUUUUCCCUAUUCAAGGGAGUUGAAGACAGCACUUCAUACUUCCUAGUUCUUCAAUUACCAUAAAGAUCAUGGUGGUGAACAUUUUUGUUCCGGAAUUUGGAAGCAUGCCUUGUCUCAACGCGAAGUUCCAUUGGUGGGUGCAAGGGACAGUAAUUCCUUAAAAAUUGAGAUGUAUAAUAUUUUAUUGUAUUUCGUUUAUCAUUAUUCAACAAUCAACAGUAGCUGUCCUUUUUAUUCUUUUUUUAGGAAUAGGCGAAAGAGAUCUUGUUAUCAUUGCUCAGUAAUUAGCAUCUCGAAGGUUGGGGUUCUCACAGCACAGAAGAAUAUUGGACAUCCUUAACCCUGGCGGAUUUAGAACAAAUGGCUUAACCAAUUCAACUGGAAAACAUACCUUUAGGUUCCAACACUUUACUUGCAUUUUGCUAUUAGUCCCUGUACUUAUUUUUGGGUAUUUUAAGUUCCUACAGUUUUAUUUUU